AAAAUGUCCAAGAAACUAUUAAAGGACAAGAUACCAUCUACGCUAAAGGUUGUGUGAGUUCGGAGUAGAUAAAAUCCAAACCGAAGCCCGGAUACAUCGUUCAACCUCUCUCUUCUAUCCAACUCAGCUACGACUGAACCAAAAUCGAGUCAAGAUGACGACCAGAGUAGGCAUACUAACCCAUUCCGAUGAAGAGAAGGGGCUGAACCGGUCGGAUACGACCGUGACGAUGCCGCCGGAGCUCUUCGAGAAGCUUUACCUUACUCCCAAAGUUCCUCAGGUGGGCGACUACAACAAGCGAUUCGCCAAUCCGACGCCUCUUGGCAUUGUCGGAUUCGUGAUCUCGACCUUUACCUUCUCCAUGACGUUGAUGGGCUGGGGAGGAGCUCAGGGAACAACGCCUGUGGUGGGAAUAUUCUUUUUCGUCGGUCCCGUCCUGCUGCUAGUCUCCAUGGUCUUCGAAUGGAUCAUGGGGAACUUCUUCCCUAUGAUGGCCAUGGGUCUCUACGCCGUCUUCUGGCUAUCGUUCGGUAUGCUACAGCUACCCACGUUACAACUGGGACAGCCCUACGCGACAGCUGGUGACCCUAGCGGUCAAAUGUCACCAGAGUACAACGCUGUGCUUGGGAUAUAUCUAGUCGUGUGGGGCUUUGCUCUGUUUACUUUCUUCCUUUUCACGCUCAAGGUCAACCUGGUAUUUGCCGUCAUCUUUGCCUGUGCCACUUCGGCAGUUUGGAUCCUGUCUAGCUCGUAUUUCAAGCUUGCGGCAGGUAACUACGAGGCAGCAGCAACGUUGCAAAAGGCUGGUGGAGCGUUACUGUUCGUCGUGGCAACAUUAGGUUGGUAUAUGUGCGUCGUGAUCAUGGCUGGAGAGAUGCGCAUCACUUUGAAUCUCCCUCUUGGCGAUCUUACGCGGUUUUGGCCGCGCACGGAUAUAGACCUGGCAGAGGCAGCUGCGCAUCGCGAUUAAUGGAUACGACGAUCGAAAACGGGAAUAUAGAAGUGCCAUAUGGCGAUUGUUAUGCUUAAGUAUCGAUUAUCAGAUUCCCUAGGUACCGCAUAUACAUUGAGCUCU